CGCGGUUCCUCAUGCGGGUGAUGACGGACGAGAAGGCGAAAUCCAAGGGCAACCUCGGCCGCCUCGUAAUCGCCGUCCACGCCGUCUUCCUCGACUGCGGCUUCGUCCUCGCCGACGCCGGCGAACCUCUCCUCCCCGACGGCUGGCACUCGCCGUCGGCCACCGUCUCCGUUCGCUACACCCUCCCCAAACUCCUCUCCCCCCUUCCCCCCGAAAGCAACGGGACCGCCGUCGUCCUGUCGUUCUCCGCCACCGCGUUGGAUGAUGUUUCCAUCAAUGGGUCGUUGGAUCAGCCGGACUCCAGAAUCUAUCGGAUUUCUUUCGAUAUCUCGAAGCUCGCGGGCCCAUUGAUUAAAUCUAUGCACGGCAUGAAUGAGAAGGAAGAGAAGAAGGUCCUCAAACUGUGGAGGACCGUGAGCGAUGAGCUUUCCCGGCCUCUCCUCAUCGAAAUUUGCUCCAAGAAUGGGUUGCCCGUGCCUUAUAGCUUGAUGUCCCUUCCCACCGACCUCAAAACUCGGAUCUUGGACUUUCUUCCUGGCGUCGAUCUUGCGAGGAUGCAAUGUGUUUGUGCUGAAUGGAAGCAGCUCGCGUCAAGCGACCAGCUUUGGAAGCAGAAAUUCGAGGAGGAGUUUGGUAGCUGGGCAGUAGAUUCCGCCACUUGGAAAGAGAUUGCUCGUUAUUGGGGACUGGUUAACGAUACUUGGAAAGAGAAGUACGCGACUGGGUGGAUGGCGAUGCGAUGGAACGAUGCAAACAACGUUGGUGGACCGCUACCAAGAUUUCAGUCUCUCAGAAGAGGUCCAAGCAUGAUAUCUUUUCUUCUUGGUCCGAGUAGGUCUCUGCAACCACCGCCGUAUCGUAAUCCUUGGAGAACGGAUGGCCAUCGUUUAGUUCUCUUCCAUUCUUCAUCUACUUUUGCACCAAUUGUUCCAUUUCCUUGUCCUCUUGGUCAUGGCGUUUGGUUUAACUGGUGAAAGAUGUGAUCCUUCAAGAGCACUCAAUGCUGAUGAGAAUAGCUUCUGCAAUUAGUAAAACAAACUAAUAAGAAUAGGUUAGGUUGAGGUAUUAGUUUUAGAGUUUUUUAGGUUUUCAUUUUUAGAAAUAUUUAUGGUAUUUUUCGCAAAUGCAUUAUUAUUGUUCUGCAAGUUGGGUGGCUUUCUUGAAUUGCUAUGUCCACAUUAGUUUUUCAUUUUUUGCCUGUGUUUUAGGCACUUUAUCCAGGUUUUGCUGAUACUAUAUAAUGUGUUUUUAGUGAAUGAGAUCACGAUAAAUGAG